AUGCUCCCCGUCGUUCUCUCGGCUGUCGCUGCGGCGUCGCUCUUCUCGGCCGGUCAGGCUCUCUCGCCCAGCACGAAGGAUGUCGGAAACGGUGUCCACGUCCCUGGCGCGAUUCCCGCCAACCUGAACGAGCCGCUCCAGCAUCGUCUUGCCUUCGCUGGCCCGACUGGCAUGACCGUCUCGUGGUCGACGUUCAACCAGCUCUCGAACCCGCAGGUCUUCUACGGAACGGACCCGUCGAACUUGGACCAGCAGGCGAGCUCGUCCGAGUCGACGACCUACCCGACCAGCCGCACGUACAACAACCACGUCAAGCUGACCGGUCUCAAGCCUGGCACGAAGUACUACUACAAGGUUUCGUACACGAACGCGCCCGCGGCUGCAUACCGCCCGACUUACUCCUUCACGACCGCUCGCGCGCCCGGCGACACGACUCCCUACUCGAUUGCCAUCUUCGGCGACCUCGGCUUGAUGGGCGACGACGGUCUCUCGACGAAGACGGGACCUAUCGGCGGCGACAACUACACCGUUAUCCCCGACGGCGCGAUGAACACGAUCCAGUCCCUCCUCGCCGCCAAGGACUCGUACGACUUUAUCUACCACACCGGCGACAUCGCGUAUAACGACUACUUCCUCAAGGAAUCGAUCCAAGGCUACUUCGGCUUGGCCGCGAACGACACUCAGCCCACUCGCGGCGAGGUCGCCGAGCAGUACGAGUCGCUCGGCGAGCAGUUCUACGACCAGAUGCAGCCGAUCACUGCCGAGCGGCCGUGGCUCGUCACGCCCGGCAACCACGAGGCCAACUGCGACAACGGCGGCGUCAAGGACAAGGCUGCGCACAUCACCUACGACUCGACGUACUGCAUGCCCGGACAGACCAACUUCACUGGCUACAACGCUCACUUUAAGAUGCCGUCGUACGAGAGCGGCGGUGUCGGGAACAUGUGGUACUCUUUCGACAACGGUCUUGUGCACUACGUCUCGCUCACCUGCGAGACUGACCUCGGAGACGGACUCAAGGGCCCCAUUGAGGACGUCAACGGUCCCUUCGGCGCCCCGAACCAGCAAAUCAACUGGCUCAAGAACGACCUCGCCAACGUCGACCGCACCAAGACGCCUUGGGUCGUCGUCGGCCUUCACCGCCCGUGGUACACCUCGAGCAGCCCUCCGACCUGGCCCGCAUGGCAGCAAGCUUUCGAGAAGAUCUUCUAUGACAACCACGUCGACGUCUAUCAUCAGGGACACGUGCACACCUACGAGUUCUUCUCGCCGAUGAUGAACGGUACCGUCGACCCGAACGGCCUCAACAACCCUCGUGCGCCUCUUCCAGUGCUAAAUGGUGCAAGUGGUCACUACGAUGGUUUGGACCAGUUCGACCAGACGCCUCUGUACACGGGCACGCUCCACGCACUUGACACGGAGUACGGCUGGGGCCGCCUCACAUUCCACAACAAGACGCACUUGACCUACCAGUUCAUCGCCUCGAGGAACGGCUCGGUCAUCGACGAGCACACGCUCUACAAGGAGCACAACUUCCGCAAGGUCCAAGGCCAGCACCCCUACACGCCCCCGUCAAACUCGCAGGGCGGCAACAACAACCAGCAGAGGAGGAACCUCCUUCACUUCUGA